UUGAUAACAAAGUCAAAAGGUACAUACAUCAUCUCAUUCAUUUUUUACUUCGUACUUUCUCUUUAUAUCAAACUUCAUCUUUAAUAUCUUCUUGUGCUUCCUCUAAGUCUUUCUUUCGCAGAUCUUUCAAGUUCUUCACUCUCUUUGUUCUACUCACUUUCAAAUCUCAGUUUGUUUGUUCUCAUACUUUCAGUGAGCCUCUCAGGAUUUGACUACAACAUCAUGGCAGAGCUGAUUGCUGGAGCAUUUCUUUCGUCAUUAUUUCAAGUUACUCUUGAGAGCAUUGCCUCAAGAGAUUUCAAAGACCUCUUCAAUCAAAAGUUGGUUGAAAAUCUUGAAAUCACACUGUAUUCUAUCAAUCAAUUGUUGGAUGAUGCAGAGACAAAGAAGUACCAAAACCAAAAUGUGAAGAAGUGGUUUGAUCGUCUAAAGCAUGAGGUAUACGAAGUAGAUCAACUGUUAGACGAAAUUGCUACAAAUGCACAACAAAAGCGCAAAGUGAAACGCUUGCUUUCAACUUUGUCUAAUCAAUUUGAAUCUAGGAUCAAAGAUUUGCUAGACAAGCUAAAAUCUCUUGCAGCCCAAAAGGAUGUGUUGGGAUUGACACAAAGUAAUGAAGGUGGAGUAAGCCUGCAAUCCUCAAAAAGAUCUCCAACUGCAUCUUUGGUGGAUGAAUCUUGCAUAUAUGGUAGAGAAGGUGACAAAGAAGAAAUAAUCAACUAUUUGCUGUCAGACAAGGACAACAACAACCAGGUAUCAAUAAUCAGCAUAGUCGGUAUGGGUGGGAUGGGAAAAACCACCCUUGCUCAACUUGUCUACAACGACCAGAGGAUGGAGAAGCAUUUUGAACUUAAAGCUUGGGUCCAUGUCUCAAAAUCUUUUGAUGUUGUUGGACUCACCAAAACAAUUCUCAGGUCAUUCCAUUCUCCUGCAGACGGUGAAGACUUGGAUCCACUCAUUUGUCAAUUACAAAAGACACUAACCGGAAAGAAAUGUUUGCUUGUUCUAGAUGAUGUGUGGAAUGGGAAUGAGGAAUGUUUGGAGCAAUUACUACUUUCUUUUAACCCUGGAUUUUCAGGGAGUAAGAUUAUUGUGACAACACGUGACAAACAUGUUGCAUUUGUCAUGAAAUCUGACCAUCAACUUCUUUUAAAUCAAUUGGAGGAGAAAGAUUGUUGGAGUAUAUUUGUGAAACACGCUUUUCGAGGAAAAAAUGUGUUUGAAUAUCCAAAUCUUGAAUCGAUUGGCAAGAAGAUUGUAGAGAAAUGUGGAGGGUUGCCUCUAGCUGUGAAAACAUUAGGGAAUCUCCUGCAAAGAAAAUUUUCUCAAGCUGAAUGGUUUAAGAUAUUGGAGACUGAUAUGUGGCAUGUAUCGAAGGGUGGUGAUGAAAUUAACUCAGUAUUGAGAUUGAGUUACCAUAAUCUCCCAUCCAAUCUAAAGCGUUGUUUUGCCUUUUGUUCAAUAUUUCCCAAGGGUUAUGUAUUUGAAAAGGAUGAAUUGAUCAAGCUUUGGAUGGCAGAAGGUUUGCUGAAAUGUUGCGGAAGAGACAAAAGUGAAGAAGAGUUGGGUAAUGAAUUCUUGGAUGAUCUAGAGUCCAUUUCAUUUUUUCAAGAACCACUAUAUUCAUGGGGUGAUAAAAGAUUAUUCAUGCAUGAUCUUGUCAAUGAUUUGGCAAAAUCAGAGUCCCAUGAGUUUUGCUUACAAAUUGAGGGUGAUAGUCUGCAAGAUAUAACUGAAAGAACACGUCACAUUUGCUGCCAUCUUGAUUUGAAAGAUGGUGCGAGAUUAUUGAAUCACAUUUCUAAGAUUAAGAAAUUACGCAGCUUCUUGGUAGUAUCACGAGGCUAUGAUGAAGAAUGCUUCAUAAUAAGCAACAAUUUGCAACAUGAUCUAUUUUCAAAACUUAAAUAUUUGCGGUUGUUGUCAUUCGGUGGUUGUAAACUCAAAGAGCUAUCAGGUGAGAUAGGAAAUCUAAAGCUUUUGCGAUAUCUAAACCUGACUAAAUCAUUAAUUGAAAGGUUGCCUGACUCAAUUUGUAAGCUGUACAAAUUAGAGACUCUGAUACUGGAACGCUGUUCUGAAUUGACUAUACUCCCUUCAAAAUUUUACAAACUUGUGAGUUUACGCCAUCUUAAUCUCAAAGGAUGUAAUAUAAAGAAAAUGCCAAAGCAGAUGGGGAGUCUAAACCAUCUUCAAACACUGAGUCAUUUUGUUGUGGGAGAGGAGAAUGGGUCUAAUAUUCAGGAGUUGGGUAAUCUCAAUCGUCUUCAAGGGAAACUUUGUAUUUCAGGGUUGGAGUAUGUCAUCAAUCCCGAAGAUGCAGCAAGAGCAAAUUUGAAAGAUAAGAAACAUGUAGAAGAAUUAAACAUGAAGUACAGUGACAAUUUCAAAUUCAACAUCAAUAGAAGAGAAUCAGAUGUCAUUGAGGCUCUACAACCAAAUAGCAACUUGAAGAGGCUCACUAUUGAAGGCUACAAUGGCAGAAGCUUUCCAAAUUGGAUAACGGGUUGUCAUUUACCCAACUUGGUAUCUCUUCAACUGUUAAGCUGUGGAUUAUGUUCCCAUUUGCCACCACUUGGGCAGCUUCCUUCUCUCAAGGAGCUUUCUAUUUCAAAAUGUGACGGAAUAAAGAUCAUUGGUGAAGAGUUUCAUGGCAACAACAAUUUAACAAAUGUUCCGUUCUUGUCCCUUGAAGUUUUGAAAUUUGAGAUGAUGAACAAUUGGGAGGAAUGGUUGUGUCUUGAAGGGUUUCCUUUGCUUAAAAAGCUUUCUAUAAGAAAUUGUCCCAAAUUGAAAAGGGCUCUGCCUCAACACCUUCCUUAUUUACAAAAACUGAAUAUUAGUGAUUGCAACAAGAUGGAGGCAUCCAUUCCCAAGUGUGAUAAUAUGAUAGAGUUAGAUAUACAGAGAUGUGAUAGAAUUUUGGUAAAUGAAUUGCCGACAAGUUUGAAAUGGUUAUUCCUUUGUGAUAAUCCGUACACUGAGUUCUCCGUGGACCAAAAUCUAAUCAAUAUUCUCUUUCUUGAAGAGUUGAAGUUGGAUUUCAGAGGCUGUGUAAACUGUCCCUCUUUGGAUUUACGUUGCUAUAAUUCUCUUUGCUAUCUUUCAAUAACAGGAUGGGGCUCCUCCUCAUUACCUUUUUCACUACAUUUGUUCACCAAACUUCAUUCUCUGUAUCUGCACAAUUGUCCAGAGCUGGAAUCGUUUCCAAUGGGUGGUUUGCCUUCCAACUUGAGGCACCUUAAAAUAUGCAAUUGCCCAAAACUGAUUGGUUCGAGAGAGGAGUGGGGUUUGUUCCAACUCAAUUCCUUGGAUUCAUUCUUUGUCAGUGAUGAGUUUGAAAACGUGGAGUCGUUCCCAGAGGAGAAUCUGCUGCCACCAAGUCUUACUGAUCUUAAUGUGAUAAAUUGUUCAAAGCUAAGAAUAAUGAACAAAAAGGGUUUUCUCCACCUCAAAUCUCUUAAUUGGCUAUAUAUUAACAACUGUCCUAGUCUUGAGAGCUUGCCAGAGAAGGAGGAUCUACCCAACUCCCUCUCUAAUUUGUGGAUUGAAGAUUGUGGAAUAAUAAAGGAGAAGUAUGAAAAGGAGGGAGGAGAGCGUUGGCAUACAAUCACUCACAUCCCGAAUGUGUGGAUUGACAACAUUAAACAGAAAUGAGAUGUUAUGGGUCCCACGUUUGGUCAAACCUUUUUGGUUCGGAAGGCUAAGAGGAUUUUGCGUUUGGAAUGGUGUGAAGAGUGGUGGCAAUUUAUUUUUGAGGGUAUUAUGGUAAAUGAUGAUUGUGGUCUUUUACCCAAAUGGAGUUCCCAACAAAUCUUUUUUCCUUUUCAGGUAACUUACUCCCUAUGUACAUGCAUGUUUGGAUUAACCGAGCUAUUCUCUACUUAAGGGACAAUUCUUUGAUUGGUGGAUGCUGAUUCUGCUGGUGAGACACUCCCAACCAAUUCAUCAUCAGUGGCAAGGAGAGAUUGCAGAUGAAGAACAAAGUAACUGCAAGAGCUUGUCCUUUCUUAACAGCCAAGUUUUCUAAAUCAGCUUCUUCUGUUUGCUAACCUCCCGGACGUUUAUGGAAAAUCCAAUACCUUUCAUGAAUGCCUGUAAUUAUCAUGAGGUUUGGAUGAAGCAAUAGAAUACUGUGAUGCUUAUGGAAAGAUGCCAUUUUUGUUUCAAGUUGUUGACAAUAUGGUCUCAAUUUCAAAAAGUUCAGGGGUAAACAUAGUUUAUUGUGUGAUGGCGACUGGGGGUACGGUUCAGGGGUAAUGUUGUAAUCUGAACAAUAGUUUUAUACACAAGUUGUGCAUUGUAAACCUUAAUCUUUCACUCAUAAUAAAAAGGAACUGCAGCUGCUCUGCAGUCGGAGACUUAGGCAAUAUUGGCCGAACUUCGUUGCCAAACAUCGUGUGUUCAUUAUUUACUGUUUCUUUGAUUUUUGAACGGGUUUGCUGUUCUAACAUACUUUGGGAAACUUGCCAUGUAUACUGUCACAUUCCACUUAAAUCUUUUAUUGUUCUCUAAUUGUGUUGUUGUAAUCAUCUCUAUUCAGUAAUAUAAAUCUUGUUUCAGUUUUAA